AUGAGGCUUAGACGGUUACCACAAAGUGCAAAACUCGAGGAAUUACUAAGAGAAGACGAAGAAGAGAAUGAAUCAGAGCUCAGCGUCCAAGGCUCUGAAACUUCCGACCACAUCGUUGUGGAGGAACCACGAUCUGCUGAGGAAUCAAACUGCUCCGACUCAGAAGAGGAUGAUUUGCCACUUUCAGAAAUAGGUAGCUGUUUUACAGGGCGCGUUAAAGUAACGAAGUGGCAAAACUCUAACAAUAACAGAGUGAGGCCUCAAGUUCAAAAUAUUCUCACAGAAGAUGCGGGCACUCGUAGGAAAUGUGUGGGGGUGACAGAAAUAAAGUAA